AGAUAGUGGGAAGUGUGAUAUACGAUUAGCUCGUUCUCGACGAGUCCAUUCGGUUUUCUUCUAGCGAGUUUGCUCAAUUCGAAAUGCAACUUUUCAUCAUUCGUAUUAAUUAGUUUGCAAAAGAGCAACGAAAUCACGCGUUUUCUUUUUCCUCUUCUUCUACUUCUUUCGUUCUUUUUUCUUUCUUUCUUAUUAUUAUUUUUUUUUUCUUUUUUCUUUUCCAUUUCCAUCGUCGUAGAAGGAUCUUCUUUACAAUCGAAAAAGAUCUCCAAGAGUGAACGUUUUCGUCGUCUACUAAAGAAGAAUUCUAAGUCACAGAAAUGGAGGAAACAGGAAUGCUAAACGGUGCACUCGUUCGUCAGGACAGCAAGAAACUCUGGCAAUACUUCACUUCGAUUUCCGUCUGCUUAUUGGCUGUCGGUGUUGGAACAGCUAUGGCAUGGACGGCACCGAUAUUGCCUGUUCUAUAUGAAACUGACAAUUGGUUGGUAAUAACGAAGGACGAAGGCUCAUGGGUUGGUUCGUUGUUAGCAUUGGGAGCUAUGUUGGGUGCUUUACCAUCCGGCAAAAUGGCAGACAAAUUGGGCAGGAAGAAGUCCCUCAUGUUGUUGGCCGGACCCUUUCUAUUAUCUUGGCUGAUAAUCAUCGUAGCCUCCAGUGCCUGGAUGCUCUACGUAGCCAGGCUGAUCGUUGGUACUAGCAUCGGUGCAACUUGCGUUUUGGUACCCACUUAUAUAUCCGAAGUCGCAGAGACAUCGACCAGAGGCACUCUCGGUGCUUUUUUCCAAUUAUUUCUUACAGCUGGAAUAUUAUUAGUCAAUGCGUUAGGCUCUUUUGUCAAUUAUACGACUUUGGCGAUCAUUUGUGCGCUCGUCGAAGUUGCCUUCCUGGCGACAUUCUUUUGGAUGCCUGAGUCACCACAAUGGCUCGUCAAUAUGGAAAGAAGACCGGAAGCCGAAGUGGCGAUGAAAGUACUCCGAGGCGAUUCUUACAAUCCCAACGAAGAGAUAACGAUUAUAGAAAGUGCAAAGGAAGAAGCAUCGUCCAGAACAUCUUCCUUCCUUGAUAUCUUUCGCACGGUCGGAUCUAGAAGAGCUUUUAUAUGCUCUUGCGGUGGUAUGCUCUUCCAACAACUUUCCGGAGUAAACGCCGUUAUUUUCAACACAUUAGAAAUUUUUCAAGCGGCUGGAAGUUCUUUACCUUCUGACGUAGCUGCGAUAAUUGUCUCAUUGGUUCAGGUGAUAAUGUCCGGUGCAGCGGCAGCGAUCGUGGACCGAGCUGGUAGAAAACCAUUGCUCAUGUUCUCUUCCGGAAUGUUAGCUAUUUGUCUCUUAGCAUUAGGUAUUUAUUUUAAAAAAAAGGACGAUGGCGAUGACGUUAGCUCGUUAGGUUGGUUACCACUGGCUUCUCUGACUCUUUUCAUGAUUGCCUUUUCCAUUGGGUUGGGCCCAGUGCCUUGGAUGCUGACGAGCGAAUUGUUCACUGCCGAGCUGAAAGGGAUCGUCUCGAGUGUCGCUGUAAUGUUAAAUUGGUUUUUGGUCUUUUGUGUGACAAAACUUUUCCCAUCGAUGACAGAAAAACUAGGAAUGGGUGGUACCUUUUGGUUCUUUGCUGUAAUCAUGGUGAUCGCAACCGUCCUCACUUACUUUAUAUUGCCAGAAACAAAAGGGAAAUCAAUCAGGGAAAUUCAAGACGAGUUGAAUGGUGUUUGAUUGGCAAGGUCGCUUCGUACUCGAGAUAAAACCUUGCCGUUGUUUAAUUACGUACAAAAAUGAAAUAUGACUUUGCAAAUUUGUAAGAAAAGACACGAGAUCAUUUCAUUUCUUUACGCCUAUUACAUGGCUAUUAUUACGAUCAAAUUAUAAUCUCGUAAUCGUUGUAUUCAAUUACGGCAGUGUACGUCAAUUGUCGAUAAUUGUACGAACCAUUGUUAGCUAUAAACAAAUACGAUGAUAUGUUCACCUCAGUGUUCUUCUGAUCAAUAACUCUCGCGAGUUUGACGAUGACAAUGUUAGAAUGAGAGAGAGAGAGAGAGAGAGAGAGAGAGAGAGAGAGAGAGAGAAAAUUUGUAUGUUUGUUUCUCAUAUGACGCAAAAGAAAAAUAAAUUUUUACAUUCGUUUACGUGUACCCGCACACGUUUUCAUGGCUCGAACGUAGUAACGAGCUGUCAUUUGCAAACUGUUUCGAUUUUAAUGGUCCUUCAGGAAAUUUUCAAGAGGACGAGUAAGAUAUAUUAUUUCGAUUAUUGAGAGGUCUAGUCGAUAUUUAUGAUAAAAUUCGGACGAACAAAAAAUUAUCGUAAUUGUUUAGUUAAUCGAUGCGAUAUAUCAAAUAUCUAGAAUCAAUUAUUCGUAGAAAGAUUGUAGAGUUUCAUGCUGCUUCGAGGACACGUUACUUGUGAAUGACCCGUAUUUAUCGUUGUUGAUCAUUUGACGUAGUCGUUCGUUUCUAAAUAAUAUUCUUAGAAGCAGAUGACCUUGUUUAAAAUAAAAUACGUAAGAUGGAGUUAUAUAUAUAUAUAUAUAUCGUUCAGUAUUUGAAAUAUGUUAUGCUUGAAGGUAAAUCAGAUAUCGUUAAGUACUCCAAAGUUACGUUUGUCAAAAAAGGAAAAGAGAAAAGAAGAGAGGAAGAAAAAAAGAUACUUGUAAUACUUUGUUACGAGUCCAUUAUCAUUAAUAAUAUUUCAAAGAGAAUUAAAUUUUGACAAACUAAAUAUUAAAUCUCGCUAUUAACAGUGUAAUUUUUCUUAUUAAAAUGUUUAUGGAAAUGUU